AAUCCGAAAUCAAAGGCACAGAGAACCUAGGGUUAGGGUUUAACUUAGAAUAUUGCAUUGCGUGAUCGAAAUCUAUUCGAUUGAUUCUCUCUCACGCGAAGCAGAAACCCGAGUUCAGAAUCCAUGGCGACAACGACGACAAAGAGGAAACCGGUGUUCGUGAAGGUCGAUCAGCUAAAACCGGGCACCAACGGUCACACGCUGACGGUGAAUGUCGUAAGUUCCAAGCCGGUGAAGACGGUGAGUAGCCGUGGCGGCCGAGCGACGGUGCUUGCGGCGCGCCCGUCGCGUAUCGCGGAGUGCCUCGUUGGGGAUGAAACGGGGACCAUAAUCUUCACUGCUCGCAACGAACAGGUGGACCUCAUGAAUGUUGGCGCAACUUUAAUUCUGCGCAAUGCAAAGAUUGACAUGUUCAAGGGAUCUAUGAGGCUAGCAGUUGAUAGAUGGGGGCGUAUUGAGGUCGCAGAACCUGCAAAUUUUGAAGUUAAAGAGGAUAACAAUCUUUCGUUAGUUGAAUAUGAAUUAGUUAAUGUUGUUGAAGAGUGAUUUUAGUUUUUGAGAGUGAAUCUUUUGGGGUUACCAGAGGUUUUAAUUUUUAUUUUGACCAUUGAACAUUUGACUGCGGUGCAGUCUUGUGGUACAGUCUUGCUUAUUUAGUCUUGAGAUUGCUGUGGUUAAUGCAAGGAAUUGAAUUUCAGGUCACUUUUGAAAUGUGACGAUGCUUAUGCUUAA